CUGUCUUUAGUGAUCUGGUUCCAGGUUUUUUGUUGAAUAAAAUUUCGGCUUUCAAUUCCUUAUUCCGUAUUAAGUAACUUAUAAAUUGUGGAAAAUGGGUGACAAAAGUGAUCAAAGCAUUAUGGAUAAAUCCAUGCGUUCCGUGUUCGUCGGCAACAUUCCCUACGAAGCCACGGAGGAAAAACUGAAGGAUAUAUUUAGCGAGGUGGGACCAGUUAUUUCGUUGAAGUUAGUGUUUGAUCGCGAAAGUGGCAAACCAAAAGGAUAUGGUUUCUGCGAGUAUAAGGAUCAGGAAACUGCACUCAGUGCCAUGCGUAACCUGAACGGAUAUGAAAUCGGAGGCCGUGCUCUGCGUGUGGAUAACGCUUGUACGGAAAAAUCUCGCAUGGAGAUGGCCGCUUUGCUGCAAGGUCCGCAGAUUGAUAAUCCGUACGGGGAUCCAUGCGAUCCAUCUCUGGCUCCAGAAAUUGUCACCAAAACUGUAGUUUCCUUACCGCCAGAACAGAUGUAUGAAUUGAUGAAACAGAUGAAAACCUGCUUUCAAAACAAUCCUGUAGAAGCGCGUCAAAUGCUGUUGCAAAAUCCUCAAAUGGCUUACGCAUUACUUCAAGCGCAAGUCGUAAUGAGGAUUGUUGAUCCUGCUACGGCUGUUACUUUUCUCCAUAAGGCAAACCAGAUGCCACCUAUAUUGAGCGGUGAUACAAUGAGUAUUCCGCAAUCGCAACUUUCGCCUAUACCGUUGCCGGUACCAGCUCCGAUGCCAGUUCCACCAGUCAGUGGACCUGCGGCUUUUGUACCCAGCGUUGGGCAUGACGUUGACCUGCGCAAUGUAGAUCCACGUUUGGGACGGAUUAACUUGGAUCAGGAUAUGCGUUCUUUACCUACAACUGGUGGAAUACCUUCUGCGAUGGACAAUCAAUUCAAUCAACGCGCUGCGCCACCACCACGUCCAAUUGGCCCCCAAGCGCCUCCACAAUCAAGUCCGUUCCCAGUUGACCCACGUCAGCGUCCGGUGGACCCUCGCCAAGGUCCCAAAGAUCCGCGUCAACAACCUGGGGGAUCUAACCGACCACCAGUUCCACCAUCAUCGUCUUCGAUGGCCGCCGCUAGCGCAGCAGCUGCUGCUUCGUCCAACGGCAUUCCAAAUGAUGCUUCAGAUCAAGAGAAAGCUGCUCUCAUCAUGCAGGUUUUGCAGCUUUCGGAUGAACAGAUUGCAAUGUUGCCCCCAGAGCAGCGAACCAGCAUUCUGGUUUUGAAGGAACAGAUUGCAAAGAGCACACAGCGUUGAAAUGCUUGAAGGAUCCUGAUUAUGGCUUUAUCCUAUUGUGUAAUUUGUGCAUGGUGGAUAUCAAUUCAAUAAAAA